AUGUUCCAAAGCAAGGAGUACAUCUUACGCCAUCGUGGAAAGAAGGGGCCAGAUAGAGAAGAAUAUUUACGGCAGCUUGUGCAGGAAUACAGUGUGACAGAUAAUUUAGAGUCAAAGCAGCAAAUCUUAGCCAAUCUUGGAAAUUUUGCUUAUGAUCCUGUAAACUUUGUAUGGCUUUGGAACCUAAAAGUAGUCGAUCUUUUUCUAGAUGCCGUUACAUGUGAAGAUCCAUUGCUUCAAGAGUUUGGUAUGGGAGGUCUAUCCAAUAUAUGCUUGGAUCCUAUUCAUCAUGAACACAUUCUUUCGGAACCAUAUCAUAUUCGUGCCAUUAUGGAAUGCCUUUUUAGCGAUGAAUUAAAAUACACAGAAAAUACAAUUAUAAACUCUAUGACUCUUCUCAUGCUUUUGAUUGAUCCAAUAUCCCAGAAAGGUAACACUUUUUUUCACCUUGAUUAG